CUUGGAGAAUUGUACAUUUCAUGCAUUGCAGCUGCGCAGCAGUAUUUAAGGGUUUUUAGGGGAUUAUAAGGGUUAUAGUCACGUGUGCGUGGUUAAUAACAAACGGGGCGCUUUACUGUUCAGAAGGGUGACCCCUAAAUGUGGUCCCUUUUCGGGAAUUCAAGAAUCCAACAAUAUUGGAGUUUUCCGAAAAUAUAAUAGAAUAACUGGGCUAUAUUAACAUGGCGAACGGAUACGAUUUAAAUGAAUUUACAUGUGUAAAUGUUGAUAAAGUGGAAGAUACUGAAAUAAAUCAUUUGGAACGUCGGAUUCAUAGCGAAAAGGAGGACUGGAAUAUUCCAAAUUUGCCACAUACUAAAGACUAUCACAUGUUUAUAUCUUACAUUCAAGACAACGCGGAGGAUGUAAGACUUAUUGUUGACAAUCUGGAAAGAGAAGGGAUAAAGUGCUGCUAUCAUGAACGGGAUUUUUUACCAGGACAACAGGUAAUCGGAAACAUACACGACUCGAUAAAUAGGAGUAUGAGCAUAUUAGUGGUACUCUCGGAGAAGUUUGUUCAAAGCCGAUUCUGUAUGCAUGAAAUAGAACAAGCGUUACAUGCCAGUAUAAACCAAAACUACACUAUUAUCCCAAUAAAGAUAGAACAAUGCGAUGUUCCAGAGAUUUUAAAGAAUUUCACGUACAUAAACGCUACAAGUGUUGAUGCAAGAGAAAUGCACAUACAAAUCAUUGAUGCUUUUGUAUGGAACGUUUGGCACAGAGAUCAAAAUGUGGAGAACAAUGGAUUUACAUUAGAAUUUCCACUGACCAAAUACAAGAUAGGUUGCAGAUGGCUUUCGUUAUCAAGGUUCAAGUUGUUGUUUGACGACACGAGCCGGCGUAAAAUUCGGAGAAACGGUUUCAAGGUUUCAGACGAACAUUUGGAUGAUAUUCAAAAGAUAGUGAGCAAUUCUGUUUAUGUAAAGUAUGCACAUAUAUUCAACAUGUUCGGCCGAUUGACAGCGCUUGUCUUCUUCAUGUUGCUUCUGCUUUACGUAGCCGUGUUUAUUACAACUGUUGAGUACACAUUUGAACCUACAAUGAACAAAGUCAAAACAAUUACUGCAGCACGUGCGUUGGAUUACGGCAUACUGACUGUAUUCCUUCUAUGGUUGUCUGUCAUGUUGAUACAUCUGUGCGGAUUGACUGGACGGUUUAGAAGGUGGAAAGGAAUGACAUAUUAUUUGAUAGAGAGGUCAAGGGCUAGUCUGAAACGGGCGGUGUGGAAGAAUAUCAACAGCAGAUAUGCAGAGUCCAAAAAGUUGAUCAUCAUUUUCAGAGAUGCGAAGCUGCUCAUUGUGAGGUAUGACUUCAAACCAUGCCAGGACUUAUUUAUGCGCAGAUGUAAUAUCAACGAAACCCUUAAAAAGAAAAUGCUGCCAACGGAAUCGCUGCGGGCUUAUGUCCAUCGGAUAUUUCGAAACUACAUGCAGGAGAACAUUGAAAUGCUGUCUGUACAGAGUGAAAGUUUUGGGCGACAUACAAUGGUAAAUGGAGCCAAAUGUUUAUGCCAGUUGGUAGAAGAUUCAGUAUUGUUGGAGGAAAACAGUGAUCCAUAGCAAAUCUUAAAAAGGCAUCAAUACAAUUAUUUUCAAUGAUAGGGAAGUUUUCUGUGUAAUAUAAUGACAUAACAAAUAUUACGUUCGAGUUCACACUGACAGAAAGCUUCUCCGAUCAAUAUCCGCAGCCUAAACUUAGAGAAUAAAACUUUAUAAACUGAUUGCUUGUGGGAAGUAGAUCAGAAAUAUUUUUUGUUUUCGAGGCAUUAACUGCUCUAGUGCCCUUUUCUGUGGGGUGUUUCGCAGAUGUACGCUGAGCUGUUCAGGUGGGGAUUGACUCAGUCAUCCGGAACGGUUUACUUUCUGAGACGCAUUAUACAGACAAUUCUUAUGUAACUUAGCAUUAAAGGCACUGACCUCCAGAUCGCACGACAACACAAAAAAAAAAAAAAGAAGAAAAAAAUAGGUAUAAAGAAAUUAAUGUUUUAUUUAAGAAUGCUUUGAAACUUAAUAACUGACAAACUAUAUGUUAUGGAAAACAUGAGAAUUAUUAAGUUUUACUAAUUUUUACAAUGAAAAUCAAAAAGCGUUCAAGGUAAACUGCCUUAAUUAUAAAUAUCUAUAAAUAACACGUUAAAACACAUAAUCCUCCGUGGCGGUACUGGUAAAGACAGCUGAAAAGUUUUGUUUUUUUCCGCAGCGGCUCUGGUUCGAUUCCCGACGCCGGCAUUUUUUUUAGAUUUGGCAUUUUUAAGAUAGUUUAGAAACAAAAACUCGUAUUGCAAUGUUCAUAAUAUGACCAAACUUCAAUUCUAAUGGCAGAUCAUUUUAGGUAAAAUCUGGAGAUCAGUGCCUAUUUCAUUCCAAGAUAUCUUUUUAAUUCCAACUUAAAUGGAACUCCUUCAAUCAAUAUUUUUGAUCUGAUUAACGACGAUAUAAUGUGUAUAAUCUUGUUUUAAAGAUAAGGAGCGUUUCUCAACACGAUACAGAAAAUGUAGAAAAUAAUCAAUUUAUGCUCUAUUUAGUUACGUGGAUUUUUUGUGUGUGAAUAAUUAUAAAAAAUAGCAACUCAAAAGUAAACAUAAGGUUCCACUGUUAUUGUUGGACACCAAUGUAGUGUCACUGUGACAUUUCCAAAUAUGACUUCACAUAGAUAUACCUAUUUUUUUUUAAUUUAAAAUGUAGAAUCACUCAUUCCCAAAUAUACCUCGUUGAUUCAUGUCCAACUUUGCAUAUACGCACCCCUUCCUAUAACAAAGCAAAUAUUAUGCAAGGUAACAAUUUUAGAUUUUGUACUUUUGUAGCAGAUACAUGUUUUUUUUUGCAGAAAGAUAUAAGUUUAAGACGUCUUUUAUUGGUUAGUAUUGAAGUGACGGUAUCUUUUUACGUUUUUUUUGUGAACGACCUUCGUAUAUAUAUGUUCACACGUUGUUAAAAAUGUAUGUUUUGAAAUUUGUUUAUAACACUAAAAUUCGUUUCUGGUUUGUUAUAUAAGUUUAAAAAGACUAUUUCAUUUUUCAUUAGCCUUGUCAACACAUAAAAUGUGCAGAUAUAUUACUUUGAUACGGCACAAGUAACUGUUCAGCAAGAUAGGUAACUCUAGCUUUUCUCAGUGAAAAUUAUUUUCCAUGGCCUUUUAGAAUAUGUCUGAUAUUUGCUUUCUUUGUUUAUACGUCAUUUUAUGCAAGGCAGUUUCAGCGUCAAUUAAAAUCUUGUUUGACAUGUAAUAAUAGAAAACACAAAUUAUAUUAUAUAAUUGUGACAGGAAAGGCCGUACCGGCGACAGUAACCAUCAGAACAAAUCAACACCCUUUACAAUAUUUACAAAUUUAUUUACAAAAGAUGAUUAUUUACAAUGAAUAGAUGUGAAAAGAAAAAAAAACUGAUUAUAAGAAAGAAAAAAAAAGAAAGUUCAGUAUCUCUA